AUGAAUUUGUGGUACAUUGAAGCAGUCACUUGCAUAGCAAUUUUUUUCGUCAUCAAUUUAAUACUUUGCCUCAAAUACAUCAGAAACUGGAGAAUUGAACGAAUAUUUCUUGCAACACUGCUUUUACUAUGGUCGGCAGAAGUCUGCUUGGUAGAUUGCACAGUCAUUAGUUUAAAUUGUUCGUAUUUAUUCAUAAUCACUUUUCUGGAGGAUUUAUUAGUGAUUAUUUUAUUCUGCAUGAGAAGAAGGUUGAAAAUCAUUGUGGCUAUCAUACUGGCGGUUUUAUCGAUAGUUUGCGCAGUUGUUGCGGUAGUUUUGACGUUCAUACCUUGGUAUGAGGAUCUCUGCAAAAUGCUGGUGGUCGCCUUUCUCAACACGUCCAUGUGUUUGAUUACACUGCUUGUUGCCAACAAGCUCAAAUCAUUUCUAUAUCAUACGUCAACGUGACACAAUGUAUUGCUAGCGUGUUUGCCUGAUAUGUGAUUUCUUGUAACUCGAGCAACAUUUUUCGAAUAUGUAAAUGAAGGAUUUUUCAAAUGGCAGAUAUUCAAUAGAAACAAAACUCCUA